AUGAGCAUCACCCCAAACAAUAGCGUCUCUUUGGCUCCGACUAAUACAAACAACGACAGGAACAACAACAGCAGCAAAAACGAUAUAAUCAAUACCAACAAUAACAGCAGCGAUAGAAACAACUCCUUUGCAGGAGUAACAAAAUUGCAGGAGCAAAUCUCCCUGGAGGGAAAACCUGCGUAUUUCAGUGAAGCAGAAAAACUCGUCAAUAGAGGGGAUAGGAAAACCAAGCUUGCUAUCCCUUCAGAUUUGAUAGAGAUUUCCAAAAGGACCAUUGUACACAGAUGUGUGUCGCUAAUGGCGACGAAAAUUUUCAAUGCACCACACAUUCAAAUAGAAAAAUGCUUGAAGGGCAUUUGGACUGAUAUUGAUUUCCUCACACGAGGAAGACAAUAUAGUUCUGUGUUCUGUGGAAAGCUACUUGUCCACCUAAUUGCAAGUAGAAGAAUUGAUGACUUAGCUGGCAGUAUUGUGGGUACAUUGCAGACUCAAUUAUCUAAAUGUGUUCAUGACAGUUUAGCAUUGCACGAAAGUACUGAUCAAAGUGACACUGCACAGUUGGUUGUUUUCAUCAGAGGAAUUGAUGUCAAUUUUAAUAUCAUUGAAGAAAUGUUGGACGUGUGUCAUAUGAAGAGUACAUCCGGCAGGGAUAUAACUGAGCAUGUUAAUUUACCAUUAGAAAAGUUCAAUGUUGAUAGAAAUAAAAUUAAUUCAAUUACAACUGAUGGUGCUCCUGCAUUAACUGGUAAAAAUAUCGGGUUUAUUACUUUAUUCAAAGAAAUGGUUGAUAAUGAUUUACUUAGCUAUAAUUGCUUCAUUCAUCAACAGCAAUUAUGUGCUCAAAAAUUAAAUAUGAAACAGUUGAUGACAGAUAUUGUGAACGUUGUUAAUUUUAUCAGAUCUCGAGGCUUGAAUCAUCGUACAUUCUAA